AUGUUCGGCAAUCGAUUAGCCGACAAAGUGCCGACUCGGAGUGAGCAAGAAAAAGAGCCAAAUGAGCUCGAUCCAGCAUUUCUCGUGAAGUGGGAUCUUGAUGACCCUAUGAACCCUCAAAAUUGGCCCGUCCGAUACAAAUGGUGGGUGACUUUCCAGCUGGGCAUGCUCGCCCUGGCUGGCAGUCUCGGCUCUAGUAUCAUGACCCCGGCCGAUAGCAUCAUCGCCAAGUAUGUUGGUGUGAGCAGUGAAGUUUCUGUCUUGGACGUAUCGCUUUAUUUACUUGGUUUUGUAUGUGGUCCGAUUAUCUGGGCUCCGAUCUCUGAAAUUUGGGGACGAAGAGUCUCCAUUCUUCCCGCUGUCUUCUGCCAAGCGCUCUUCGCUAUCGGUACAUCAAGAAGUACUAGUGCAGCCUCCAUCUAUGUCACACGCUUCUUUACCGGGUUUUUUGGUUCAGCACCGAUCAGUAAUGUCACAGCUGCCCUGGGUGAUAUGUGGAGUCGAGAGACUCGAGGUGUCGCAGUCAGCUUGUACGCGGUGGCAGUGAACGGUGGCCCAUCUCUAGGACCCGUUAUUGGCUCGGCAAUUGUGACGAAUCCGAGUCUCGACUGGCGCUGGACCGGAUAUAUCUUGGCCAUCUGGGUCUUUGUGACCUUUCUCCUGGGCGUUUUCUUCCUACCCGAGGUGUAUCCUCUGGUUCUUCUCAAGAAAAAAGCCCAAGCUCUGCGGAAAGAGACAAAGGAUAUGCGCUAUUAUCAUCCACAUGAGCACAUCAAACUCGAUGUCCAUUCAAUCGUGACGAAGCAACUGUCUCGCCCGCUGGUCAUGCUCUGCACCGAGGCCAUCGUCACCUGCAUUGCAGUAUACGCAUCUUUCGUAUAUGGUGUCAUGUAUCUCACAUUGGAAGUAUUCCCCAUCGUUUUCGAGGAAAUUCGCGAUUGGGAACCUGUCGUUGCAUCCCUUCCAUUCUUGGCACUCUUGAUCGGUGUGAUAUCUUCUGUGGGACUAAAUAUUUGGAAUCAGUACCGCUAUAACAGAAUCGCGAAAGAAGCCAAUGGAAGGUCCGUCCCAGAAGCCCGAUUACCACCAAUGGCUAUCGGCGCGGUCUUCUUUGUUGUGGGAGCAUUUUGGUUCGCAUGGACGGCAGAACCGCCUCAUCACUGGAUCCUGCCUUGUCUGGCUGCGUUAUUCAUCGGUAUCGGCUUCAACUGCAUCUUUCAGCAGUGCCUUAACUUCCUCGUUGACGUUUACGGGAUAUAUGCCGCGAGCUCCACAGCAGCGGUCACGUUCUUGCGAAGCAUUAUGGCAGCUGGGCUUCCUCUGGCGGCCAAGCCGAUGAUUAGAGCUUUAGGAGUUGGGCCUGGAGUAUCAAUUAUUGGAGCUGUGGCUGCGGCCUUGCUGCCAAUCCCAUUUUUGUUCAUGAAGUAUGGUCCAAAACUGCGGAAGAUGUCAAAGCUGACGCCGGAAGUUCCGAAUUGA